UUCUGUUUUCCCAUAAAUAAAACUAAAGGGAGUAUGUGAAUAAUUAUAUUUUAAUUUAAAAUCCCAUUUGAGCUUACAGUAAGUGGAACCAAACCUCUGUGAAUCUGCUGCACUUAAACAUCUCGCUGAGAAGCAGGAGGACAGCUCAACAGCUGGACCCUAUUUACUAAUCCUUUGUUUAUCCCAAAGCAAGCCAGUAGCAACCCUGUAGGAACCAGUGACCUACACUUUGGUGUGAAAGAGUAAAGAAUCUGGCCAGCUGGACCAAGUUGCUUCCUGCCAAUUCCACCGCAUACCUCAGGGGUGGAAGCUGUCCCUGCCUGCAUCACUGCCUUGGCUCCCUCAGCUCGAAGCCUGGGCAGAAAGCUACUGGUAAAUUGAGGUGUGAUGGGGCCGGGACAAAUCUGUUGGUAGAGCAAUGAGGUUGCAGCUUCCUAACUGCUUUGCAGAGGGCUUGCAAAUUAAAAUCACGCUGCAAACUGGUAGCCAAGUCUGGUGGUAAAGCACAGUAUUAAACCCAGCCAACUGGGUUGUACUAGUGGCUUUAUUUCCCACCCGCUUUGCAGAGGUGGAAAAACUGUAAAAGCUAAUGAGAGAAGCAAGAUUCAUGUUUUUGCAUUUUUUUAAUCUUGUAAAACCCUUUUCUGAAGGCUCUGCUCAGGCAUAGCUCCUGGUUUGAGGGGAGCAGUGAGCACUGGAAGGGCACCGCUCCGCUGUAGCUGUCUGACAUAAGGGGCUGUUGGAAACGUAAGGUACUUUCAGCAUCUAAGCAAGGACUAAUGUCCUUCAGGUGCAUGUCGGAGACAAAACUUGAAUAGCUGAGGGAUUAAGGGCCUGAUCUAGACUUUAUUAAAUUCAGUGGAAAACUUUCCCUCAAUUUUAAUAGGCUCCGGAUCAGGAUCAGGGAAUAGAGGGACAAAGCAGCUGGAAAAGACUGUUUUGAAGAGAAAUCUGAUUUUCUUUAAAUAAUCACAAAACCUCAGGGGGAGGAUUGGAUACUGAAGAUCAUUUGAAGUGUUGAUUUUAAUUUUAUUUUGUCUUAGAGUACUUGAGCCUGAGACCUCACCGUAAUUUUGCAUACUUUUUAUGCAUUACUGAUUUGUAUCACAUCCUAUGGAAGGCUAUCUUUAGAUAUUAACAGCAGUAUAAUUUGUUCUUAGUGGACAAUGUUAUGCUUCUACCUCUAGAAACAUUUCUGAUGAAGACCUAGAAUUCUGAGGAGAUUUACAAACAGGAACUUUGGAGAUUAACCAUGGAUCAUAAGGGUGAGGAGAAAAGAAAGCAGCGCCAUGGCUUGACUUUGUUGGAACAAGUAAAGAGAAUGAAAGAAUCAACAGAGAUCAUUGAUGUUGUCCUGGUGGCGGAAGGUGAGAAAUUCCCCUGCCAUAAGGUGGUGCUGGCUGCCUUCAGUCCCUACUUCAAAGCCAUGUUUACCUGUGGCUUGGUGGAAUGCACACAGAGGGAAGUGGUGCUGUACGACAUCUCCGCAGAGAGCGUGUCCGUGAUACUCCAUUACAUGUACAGCGCCGACCUGCGCCUCGCUGAUCAGAACGUGCAGACUGUUGCGCUUGCUGCUUAUUUCAUGCAAAUGGAAGAUGUUUUCAGUAUGUGCCAGAAGUACAUGAUGGACCAUAUGGAUGCUUCCAACUGUGUGGGCAUCUACUACUUUGCCAGCCACAUUGGGGCAGAAGAUUUAGCUGAUCAAGCGAGGAAAUACUUGUAUCAGCAUUUUGCUGAGGUGAGUUUACAAGAAGAAAUAUUAGAGAUUGAAUUCCAGCAGCUGUUGACUCUCAUAAAAUCAGACGAUCUGAACAUUUCCAGGGAGGAAAGCAUUCUGGACCUCGUCAUUAGAUGGGUCAAGCACAGCAGGAAGUCACGAGUAGAGCACCUUACUGAGCUCCUGAAGCAAGUGAGGCUGGUACUUGUCAGCCCUUCCUUUCUUGUGGAAGCCCGGAAAAGGAACACAAUGAUCCUGUGCAAUUCUGAAUGCAAUGACAUGUUUGAGGAAGCACUGAAAACCAUCAAACUAUCCAGCCACCCUUCUCUCAGCCUGCGUUACGGCAUGGAGACUACGGAUCUCUUACUCUGCAUUGGCAACAAUUCUUUCGGCAUUAGGUCAAGACAUGGUAGCUAUGCAGAUGCCAGCUUUUGUUAUGCUCCUGCGACACAAAAGACUUACUUCAUUUCCUCUCCAAAGUAUGGCGAGGGUUUAGGAUGUGUUUGCACGGGUGUUGUCACUGAGAAAAAUGAUAUUAUUGUGGCAGGCGAGGCAAGCGCUGUCAAAAUGUCUAGACAAAAGACCCGGAACAUCGAAAUCUAUAGAUACCACCAGCAAGGAAACCAGUUUUGGCACUGCCUGUGCACCACUGAGCUCCGUGAACUCUACGCAUUGGGCACUAUCCAUAACGACCUCUAUGUAAUAGGAGGGCAAAUGAAAGUGAAAAAUCAGUAUCUGGUCACAAACUGUGUGGAGAAGUAUUCCAUGGAGCAAGGCACCUGGAGAAGCACGGCGCCUCUGCCAGUACCGUUAGCCUGCCAUAUGGUGGUGACAGUGAAGAAUAAGCUCUACGUGCUGGGUGGAUGGACACCACAGACGGAUCUGCCUGACGAUGAGCCGGAUCGAUUAAGUAACAGAACGUUUCGGUACGACCCAGGCCAAGACAAAUGGACAGAAGGUGCGCCAAUGAAGUACUCCAAAUACCGCUUCAGCACAGCUGUAGUCAACAGCGAGAUUUAUGUCUUGGGAGGAAUUGGGUGCCUUGGCCGUGACAGAGGACAGACACGGAAAUGUCUUGAUGCGGUGGAGAUCUAUAACCCUGAUGGCGACUUUUGGCGGGACGGCCCUCCCAUGCCUUCUCCCCUCCUCUCCUUACGAACAAACUCCACCAGCGCAGGCUCUGUGGAAGGGAAGCUGUACCUCUGUGGAGGAUUUCGUGGAGCAGCUCGUCACGAAGUUAUCACCAAAGAGAUCCUCGAACUGGAUACAUGGGAGAACCAGUGGAACGUGGUGGCCAUCGACGUCCUCAUGCACGACAGCUAUGAUGUUUGUCUUGUUGCUAGGCUGAACCCGCGGGAUCUUAUCCCUCCUCCCCCGGAUUUAGUGGACCAAUAGAAGUUCAGUGACUCUCAGUGCUUCCAGAUUCUGCAGAAAUGGAAAAAUUUGGAGAGACAAAUGCUGCAUUGCCUCUGGAUGACAACUGAGUCCCACAGAGAGGAGCCAGCAACACAUGCUUUAGGACAGAACUGCCUUUGAGCUGUGCUUCUCAGAUGAUGCUUACUUUGCUAGUACUGGUGCUCGGGACUUCUGCGAUUGAAAGUCGAGGUCGCCCAGCAUUUGUGUGUGGCUCUUCGCCUUCCAUCUGGCUGUGCAAGCUCCAGUGCUGGGUGCAGCCUGGGCUUCUGGGAGCCUUUGCCUCACAGGCACAGUGGCAGCCCGGGGCUCAUUUCACUGCACAGCAUGACAUAUGGAGGAAAGCUCUAGCCAGGGAAAUCCCUCCUUUGCUGUUUUCCUCGCCUGGUUCUACUAAGCUACCAAGGAGGCUAAGAAAUAUGUUAAGUCAGCUGAUGAAAACCAGUCCAGCUGUACCAAAAGGCCAGGCUGUACUUAACUGAUACAGAAGGAAAACAGAGAAGAGCCUUUGCUUGUUUUUAAAAAAACAAAACAAAACAAACCAAAACACAUUAGCCAAGGUUCAUUACCCAGGUACACCAGCUACUGCAAACUUUAUCUAACCCACAGACAGGACAGUUCCCGUCUUUGCCAACCAAGCUGAGCCUGUGCUAGUAGAAAACUAGUCUUUUGGCAACAAGUCACAAGUGAGCCUUUCCGCAGAGGUAGUAGGCAGUGUGUAACCAGGACAAGAAGAAUCCUAAAUUUUCACAUAGAUCCUAUCAGUUACAAGGUCUGGUGUGACCAGAGCCUUAAAGCUCAGUUAGAAAUCCCUCUUGCUUUGAGAGAUGGGGAAGGGAAUUUAAAAUAAAAAACAAUAAAUGAGACCAGCGUUAUCUGCGUAUCAGCUCUGCAGCUACAGGGAAAAAGGAUAGGUGUGCGAAUUGAUAAAUGUUUAUGUAACAGUAGCUGUUUUUAUAGAAGUGGCUUUAUUGAGGUAGCAUAAAGUAAAUUCUCUACCAAGAGAAUUGGCUAUAAUCACAGGGAAGAGAAUUAAUUCAGUGUUUCUUAAGGCAGUGUUAGCUUUUAUAAGGCUUGAAGACAGGAGGCUAGAGAGAAAGUUGUUACCAAUACUGCUAUCCCGUUUGAAUUACCAAUAACUAUUCAUCGGUUGUCUGGUGCCUAACUUGUAGUGUAUCUCCCUGCCACUGCCUGGGCAGCAUGGACAAGAGAACUGGAAAGCUCCGUUGUGCUCUUGGGCCACAACUGCAAAUGGUAGUACGCUGCACUGCAGAGUGAAUGUCAGAGGCAAACACUAAGAGUAAACUAUGAAACAGAACAAAAAUUAUCAUUGUCAUCAAGAAGUUGCUUUUGAUGGCUACAAAAGCAGUGACAAAACUGGAAGGAAAUAAUGGGCAAAGAAAUGAGGGAAUCUGUCACUUAGUUCUUCCAUAGUCACUUGCAGGAUCUGCACUUCAAAGCAUCCCCAUUUUCCUUUUCAAUCGUGUUUUAGGCUGAAAAAAUGCCAGCUGUUGUUUUUGUUGGGUUUUGGGGUUUUUUUUGCCUGUAAUUCUUAUGGCAGAGAGAGACAGAGAGGAUAACCCAGAAGCCCUUUGCCAAUUCUGACUUUUCUGAUUCAUGUACUAUUCUCUAAAAUAUCCAGUGGGAAAAUUAAUCUGUCAUAUAAAAACAAUUCGCAGGAAGGUCACUAAAGUUUACUUGAUAGCUAUAGCAGGACACUGAGGACUGCUCAGACAAUAAGGGAGCUGGUGGAGGGGAAACUAAGGAAAGCAUGUAGUGAGGGAGUAAACCUGUGAGCCUUACAGCUAAUCCCUUGUCUCCCUUUGUUUCACAGCCUAAAGACAUACUCUUGUGCUUGUAUCAUUUCUAUAUCAUCCAUUCUUUUUUAUUUCCUUUGUUCACAUGUCGGUCAUCCUCUGUCUAGAAUGGAGUUGCAACAAGCAUGAACUUCAGUGGUACAAACCAGCAACCAGUUCCUAAAGUCUUAACCACCUUGGUCGCUAAAUGCAGUUGUAGGUAUAAGAUCAAGGAGGCAAACUCUGCUUUAAUGUGUUUUUAAACAAAAUCAGUAGAAAGUUCUUCCAAUUAACCAUCCAAUAUUGGCAACUUUUUUUUUAACUUUCAUUGUUACUGCAAAGUAAAGGUAAUCUUGUUCUAAUGUCUCUACAGAGCUCUCAAGGCAGCUGGAAGCAAUGCUCUUGAGCAUCAGUUAAGUGUUUCCUUGUGAAACUCCAAAUUCUGCAACUACAUCUACCAAUUUUGCUUCUUUCACCUUUUUUGUUUUAAGGAUGAAUUUUUUAAAGGGUACUUUUUGUCUUUGGUCUCUGCUCUGAGGUCUAUUCCUGACAAUUCAAAUCCUCUUGUGGUUUAAAGCCUGAAUUAAUCUACUGGAUUUCACUCUCUGAAAGUCAGUCUGCUUGGAAUAUUUCAAGGAGAGAAGGGAGACUUUUGCAGGCUUUCAUUAGUUAUAUUUGAAAAUGUAUAACACAGCUGAGACUCUGCUAUUAAACUUUUAUUCCAGUAGUGAGCUGGCUGUUUCUUUCCCUCUUCGUACGUUUUGCUUUUUAGGUUGAUACUUAAUAAGCUGGAUGGAAAGGAAGUACGUACUCUGAGGUCUGUUUUGAUAACUGAAGAGAGUAAUUGCAUAUGUUUUAUAUACUGGCUUUGCAAUCAGCUAGUUCGAGCUGUAGUGGGCAGUCAACAGGUUUUAUUCCGUGCGCCCCUGGCAAGGGACCUGCCCUAGCAUGCACCAAGCACUGAGCUCCCCACUGCCCCCAGGGUCUGACUGUUAGUGGGGACUCGUGUGUGUCCGUGUCUCUGUCUCUGCCCAGGUCGGAACGUCUAGCACUACAUACCAGGCAGGGAAUUUUUUUCUUCUGGAUUAAAUAUCUAGAAUGGGGGCACUAACUUCUUGAUUUUGUGUGGGCCCCAGGUAGUUCAUGGUUUGCCCUUGGGGCAACGAUAAUUUCUAAACCAAUACUUGGAAAAAGACAGCUUGACUGAGGAAGGAAGGAAGAAGCAGAAAGCAUGCUUAUUGAGAUCUCGGCCAAAAUCCUUCUGAGAGUAUAUGAAUACUGCAUGUCUGAUACAUCCAUGGCUAGUCUCAAAUUUCUGGGAAAGUCCUUAAGAGUCUUAAUUUCU